AUGGCGGAAGAGGUGAGCAUCCUGACGAAGGCCACAGUCCGGAUGCGGCAGUCCGGGCGGGUGCUGGAGAUCGUAGGCGCCCUACGCAAGGGCGGGAAAGACCGCUUACAGGUCAUUUCUGAUUUUGACAGGACCUUGAGCAGGUUUGCAUAUAAUGGAAAGCAAUGCCCUUCUUCUCACAAUAUUCUGGAUAACAGCAAGGUCAUCAGUGAGGAGUGCCAGCCAGAGCUGAAAGCGCUCCAUAAACACUAUUACCCAAUUGAGAUUGACCCACGGCGGACCAUUGAAGAGAAGUUACCUGAUAUGGUGGAAUGGUGGACCAAAGCACACGAUCUCCUGUGUCAGCAGAAAAUUCAGAAGUUUCAGAUAGCCGAAGUGGUUAGAGAGUCCAAUGCAAUGCUCAGGGAGGGAUACAAGACGUUCUUCGACACCCUCUACCAAAACAGCAUUCCCCUUCUCAUCUUUUCUGCGGGCAUUGGUGAUAUCCUGGAAGAAAUUAUCCGACAGAAGAAAGUAUUGCACCCCAAUAUCCACAUUGUGUCUAACUACAUGGAUUUUGACAAAGAUGGUUUCCUACGGGGAUUCCAGGGCCAGCUCAUACACACAUACAACAAGAACAGCUCCAUAUGCAAGAACUCCGAUUACUUCCAGCAACUUCAGGGCAAAACCAAUAUCCUCCUGCUGGGAGACACCAUGGGGGAUCUCACAAUGGCUGAUGGGGUUCCAGGUGUGGAAAACAUUCUCAAGAUUGGCUUCCUAAAUGACAAGGUGGAGGAGCAGCGUGAGAGCUACAUGGACGCCUAUGACAUUGUGCUGGAGAAGGACGAGACUCUGGACGUGGUCAACGGGCUGCUGCAGGACAUCCUGCACCGGGGAGACGGGGUGGGGAUCCACGGCUCCUGAGUGUGCAGGUGUGGGGCCAGUCCCUGCAGGCCGUGACAAAGAGGGCGCCUCGCUGGGAGGCCGCAGAGCCAGGAGCCUGCUCCUGGUGUGUGCAGAGGAAAGCCCGGUGCAUCCAGAAGCCGCGGGGGGCCUCGCCCCUCCCUGCUCUUUUCCCUGGCGCCUUCUGUGUGUGUUCUCCAAGGCCUGAGGGAGCCCUGCCAGGUGGGAGGCAGCAAAAGACAUUCCAAGUGAACUGUGGCCCUGUAGGGUGUUUGCAUUCCAGAAGUCAUUUGGUCCAGGAUUCCUUUUUUCAAAAUUUUUAAAAAACAGGAAGCUGUUCUUCAAAUAAAUCGAAUGUGUAAGACAUCAAAAUAAAAAGGAAAAACCAGA